UUCCUGCUCCAAAAGCUCAGUCGCCAUUUUCUCUCAGUCAGAGCUUGACCUACUUUUAGUUGCUGCUAAAAAACAAACCGAGUAAAGACGCACCCACGACAAAGCAACCAUUGACGAAAAAGAUGGCGUCUGAAAAAGCCCGUAGCAGUGACGUAGGUGCUACAGACGAUACCAUGAGUGGAAGUCGCGUCUUCAUCGGCCGCUUGAGCCCUCAGGCCCGAGAGAGAGACGUGGAGAAGUUCUUUAAGGGUUACGGAAGAAUCCGGGAGAUCAACCUGAAGAACGGAUUUGGCUUUGUGGAAUUUGAUGACCACAGAGAUGCAGAUGAUGCAGUUUAUGAACUAAAUGGCAAAGAGCUGUUGAGUGAAAGGGUUACUAUUGAACAUGCUCGCUCCAGGAGAGGAAGAGGGGGCGGACCCCCGGGUAUGGCACGUUUUGGUGGGGGUUAUCGACAGUCCCGCAACACUGGAUCCAGGUACGGCCCACCUGUGCGGACAGAACACAGGCUCAUUGUUGAGAAUCUGUCCUCCCGGAUCAGCUGGCAGGACCUGAAAGACCUGAUGAGAAAAGCAGGUGAAGUCACGUUUGUGGACGCGCACAGACCCACGAAAAACGAGGGGGUGGUUGAGUUUGCCUCCCGCAGUGACCUGAAGAACGCCAUCUCCAAGCUGGAUGGAACGGAGCUGAACGGGCGCAAACUUAAGAUCUUUGAGGACAGCAGGAGGUGGGUUCUUCUCACACGGGGGGGGGUCUGUGGCCUUUGUGGCGUUGCGGCUAACACAUGUUUUCGUCACAGAAGCAGGAGCCGCUCCCGCAGCUACUCCCGCUCCAGGAGUCGCUCCCGAAGCCGCAGCCGCUCCAGGAGCCGCUCCCGCUCCGUCAGCCGCACCCCAGAGAAGAAGAUGUCAGGGGGGGGCAAGUCUGCAGCCAGAUCCCCCUCCAGGUCCAGAUCCCGCUCCAGGUCCGGCUCGCGCUCUCCGGCCCAGAACAAACAGUCUCGCUCCCGAUCCCGGUCCCAGUCCCGGUCGCGCUCCCGCUCGCCCUCGGCAGACAGCAAACACUAAGAUCCUGGUCAGAGUUGGAGGCCUGAAGGGGCUGAUUAUCUUUGAGGGGGGGGGAGUUUGUGACCUUUUGACACAACCUCCAUUCCCCCCAGUUGUGAAAAUGUCCCGGCUUUGGUUUCUGCUUUUCAUUGUGAUUCUGUUUUUCUGCAGAGGAAUAAAUGUGACGAUGCGAGCGUUUGUUUUAGCCCCGCCCCCUGCAUCAGUGCUGCCUGAUGGGUCGUCUGCUCUGUUUCUGCUUUCAGCUUCAGAUCGUUUCAGCUGCUAAUUUAUUUUUCAGCUUUGAUUUGUGAAAAAAAUAUAUUUUUGUUCCUCGUUUUGAGCAGUUUUUUUUUUGCUUUAUAUCAUCUCCAGCCUGUGGAAUGCUGGGAAAUAUUCUGGUCUGUAAAUGUUUAUUAAUUUGAUACUAAGGAAGAUAAACUUGUUUCUUUUUAUUAGUUUUUCUAACUUCAGAUGAGUGUCCAGUACUGAAUCUGUAGCUGUAAAGUCAAUAAAACUUUCGUAAACCUGAA